CAGGCUACAGAUAAUUGUUGUCUCUCUCUCCGGGCCUAAGCUCAGUCGAUGGCCGUCCAUUUAUCCCACCAAAUCAGGCUACAGAUAAUUGUUGUCUCUCUCUCCGGGCCUAAGCUCAGUCGAUGGCCGUCCAUUUAUCCCACCAAAUCAGCAGACAAUAAUCCAAAUUCCAAACACUAACCCUAGCAAAAACCACCAAACCCACCCGCCAAAAUCACCAUGAAUCUCCACCCAUUCCUCGCCAUCUCUCUCCUUUUCCUCCUCACCAACCCCUCCAUUUCAAUCGAAGACGAUGUCAAAUGCCUUGAAGGCAUUAAAUCUUCUCUCUCCGACCCAUUCGACAAGCUCUCGGCAUGGUCCUUCACCAACAUCUCAGCCUCAUUCAUUUGCAAGCUCACCGGAGUUUCAUGCUGGAACGAGCAAGAGAAUCGUCUCCUUUCCUUGGCACUACCCUCCAUGAGCCUCUCCGGAAACAUACCUUCCUCUCUACAGUACUGUCAGUCCCUCCAGGCACUCGAUCUCUCAGGUAACUCUAUCUCCGGUUCGAUCUCACCCCAAAUUUGUACUUGGUUACCCUAUAUUGUGACUUUAGAUCUGUCUGGUAAUUCUCUUUCUGGGUCGAUGCCUCAAGAGUUGGUGAAUUGUAAGUUCUUGAACACUCUUUUUUUGAAUGAUAACAAAUUGUCUGGUUCAAUCCCCUAUGAACUCGGUCGGCUUGACAGGCUUAAGAAAUUUUCUGUGGCUAAUAAUGGUUUAUCGGGUUCAAUUCCGGCUGAUUUAUCGAAAUUUCCUAAGGAAGACUUUGGGGGGAAUGAUGGGUUGUGUGGGAAGCCAUUAGGGUCAAAAUGUGGUGGUUUGAGUACUAGAAGUUUAGCUAUUAUUAUAGCUGCGGGGGUUCUUGGUGCUGCAGGGUCAUUGUUUCUUGCUUUUGGGAUUUGGUGGUGGUUCUUUGUUCGAUCCAGUAGGAAAAAUAAAAGAGGGUAUGGUGGUGGUGGUAAAGGUGAGAGUAAUUGGGUUGAGAGAUUGAGGGCUUACAGGCUUGUUCAGGUGACAUUGUUUCAGAAACCCAUUAACAAGAUUAAGUUGAAUGAUUUAUUGGCGGCUACUGAUGAUUUUGAUCAUGAUAAUAUUGUCAUUUCGAACAGAACAGGGGUUUCCUAUGAGGCAAUGCUGCCAGAUGGGUCAGUGUUGGCAAUUAAACGGUUGAGUGCUUGUAAGCUUAGCGAGAAACAGUUUCGGUCGGAAAUGAAUAUGUUAGGGCAGCUCAGACACCCCAAUUUGGUGCCUUUGUUGGGUUUCUGUGUGGCGGAGGACGAGAGGCUUUUGGUGUAUAAGCAUAUGCCUAAUGGGAGCUUGUAUUCACUUUUGCAUGGAAAUGCUAGUGGUGCUUGGAAUAGUCAGUUUUUGUUGGAUUGGCCGGCAAGGCUUAGGAUUGGUGUUGGUGCUGCGAGGGGGCUUGCUUGGCUUCACCACGGGUGUCAACCGCCUUAUCUGCACCAGACCAUUAGCUCAAAUGUGAUUCUUGUGGAUGAUGAUUUUGAUGCUCGGAUUACGGAUUUCGGUUUGGCAAGGCUAAUGGGUUCUGUUGGUUUAAAUGGUAGCGAUUUUGUUAAUGGAGACUUGGGGGAGUUGGGUUACGUGGCUCCCGAAUACUCAAGCACUAUGGUUGCAUCUAUGAAAGGGGAUGUUUAUGGUUUCGGGGUAGUGCUUUUAGAGUUGGUGACUGGGCAGAAGCCUCUUGAAGUGAAUACGGAGGAAGGUUUCAAAGGGGGCCUGGUGGAUUGGGUCAAUCAUCUCUCGGGCUCUAGUCGCAGUGAAGAUGCCAUUGAUACGUCCUUACAUGGAAAAGGUCACAAUGAUACAAUUUUGCAAUUCCUUAGGAUUGCUUGUUCUUGUGUGAUUCCUAGGCCUAAGGAUAGGCCCUCUAUGGACAAUGUUUACAAGUCAUUGAAGAGCAUGGCCGAGGAGCAUGGUUUCUCUGAACAUUAUGCUGAUUUUCCAUUAAUUUUCGAUAAAGAAUAUCAUGACCAUGAGGAUUAGCUAUGGGGAUUUAUGAUUAAAAAGAAUACUAAAUGUUUCCAACAUUUGAGGAUUCUCAGCAUCUCCACAUCUAAUGCCAGACACAGGAAAUCUAUUGGGGUAAGUGGUAUAGAUUCCACUGGAGGUUCAGGAUCAUUCUCCAUUUGUAUUCUGUAAUGUACAUGUUCUGAUUCUUAUGACAACUGUCAUUGCACCGAUGCCCUGUAUCUACUUUGGUGGUUGUGCAGUUUGGUGAUCUUUUACUCUGCUAGGCAUAAUCUAUCUAGUUUAGCAUUUUGAUGUAGUGUCUCUAUGAUCAUGUUAAUUAUUCCUCUGCGUUGCGCCUGCGCCUAGAGCAUAGUUAUCGGUUCUUU